AUGCCUUUUUUCUUUCCCCUUUUUUCCGAGUCUUCUUCCCCCUCCACUUUCCUUCUCUACCUAUGCCUUCUUUCCUGCACCCGAAGAAGGUUCCAUGGUAGAAACGUUGUGAAUAUACAUUCUUCCUUCUUUCCUUUUCUUUUCUUCUUCGAAAUCUACCGAUCAAAUCACUUUGAAUCUUACGUGGUGAAGAUCUAUCUAUCUAUCUAUCUAUCUAUCUAUCUAUCUAUCUACCUAUCUAUCUAUCUAUCUAUCUAUCUGUCUGUCUGUCUGUUUGACACAAUAAAAAAACAUAACCGAAGUUCCUUAUCAAUCUAUCUAUCUAUCUAUCUAUCUAUCUAUCUGUCUGUCUGCGAGAGAAAUCAUGUUCAUUUGAAUUUUCUUUCUAUCUAUCUAUCUAUCUAUCUAUCUAUCUAUCUAUCUAUUUAUCUAUCUAUCUGUGAGAGAAAUCUGUUUAUAUCUAUCUAUCUAUCUAUCUAUCUAUCUAUCUAUCUAUCUAUCUAUCUAUCUAUUCUAGAAAAAAUUUUAUUAACAAAACUAUCUAUCAAACAAUAUCUAAUUAUCUAUCUAUCUAUCUAUCUAGAAUCCUGUUCAUAUCUAUCUAUCUAUCUAUCUAUCUAUCUAUCUAUCUAUCUAUCUAUCUAUCUAUCUAUAGAAUUAUUAUCAUAUCAAUCUCUCUGUAUACAUCUCUAUUUUUAUAUACCUGUUUCUAUUUGCUGUCCGUCUAUGUCAGGCUUUUCACGUUCAACUAUCUCUCAUCUCCAUUUGCCAUUUCUUCCGGAAGACUUUCAUUUUUACUUUUUCCUGCUCUUCCCCCUUCUGUUCAUGUCUCUAUAUGUUAAUAUCUACAUAAUCUCUCUCUCUCUCUCUCUCUCUCUCUCUCUAUCUAUCUAUCUAUAUAUCUAUCUAUAUAUAUAUAUUAAUAUCUAUCUAAUCUAUCUGUUCAUGUCUCUAUAUGUUAAUAUCUAUCAAUCUCUCUAUCUCUCUCUCUUUCUCUCUCUAUCUCAUCUAUCUAUCUAUCUAUAUAUCUAUGUUAAUAUCUAUCUAAUCACCCAUCUGUUCAUGUCUCUAUAUGUUAAUAUCUACAUAAUCUCUCUCUCUCUCUCUCUCUCUCUAUCUAUCUAUCUAUCUAUAUAUCUAUGUUAA